AUGGCUAGUGGUAACGCCUACGACGAGGACGACAUUCCGCGCUUCUGCGAGCGAGCACAGCAGGUGUUCAAGGCCCAGUCGGCUCGAUACUUUGUACACGGGCUCCUGGUCCGCGGCGCCACGCUGGAACUCUGGGUUUUUGAACGCUCGGGGGCCUACAGCAGCGAGAGGCUUGAUUUGGCGCAGAGACCUGACCUGCUGCUGCGUGUGUUGGCCGGCUCCAACUUGAUGAGUGAUGAGGAAGCUGGGUUUGACAGUUUUGUAUUGCGUGCUGGCUACAUCACAUUUCACCAGCGCAACAUGUUCCACCUUCGAGUGGAGCUGAUCGCAACGGCAGACUACAUAGUCAGGCUCUGA